AUGUCCGGGAGGCGGCCCUCCCGCGAGCGGCGGCCGCGGACACGCCCGGCCCCGGCCCCGGCCCCGAGCGCAGCUCCCCGAGCCCGAGCGCAGCUCCCCGGCCUCGAGACCGUGCUCAGCUCCCCGGCCCCGGGCGCAGCUCCCCGAGCCCGAGCCCGAGCCCGAGCGCAGCAUCCCGGCCCGCGCGCAGCUCCCCAGGGCAGCCGGCGAGGGGAGCGGCCGGGCGGCGCGAGGCUGGGGGCCCGCGGGCGCGGCCGCGCGCUGCCGGGCGGGAGGCUGGGGGGCCGGGGCCGUGGCCGCGCCCCGGACCGGGUCGGGGGCCGGGGCCGGGGGGCGGCGGCGGCUCCUCGCGCGGCUCCGGGGGCGCGGACACCCCGGCAGAGCCCCGGGGGCGCCAUGGCAGCCGGGAGCAUCACCACGCUGCCCGCCCUGCCGGAGGACGGCGGCAGCGGCGCCUUCCCGCCCGGCCACUUCAAGGACCCCAAGAGGCUGUACUGCAAAAACGGGGGCUUCUUCCUGCGGAUCCACCCCGACGGCCGGGUGGACGGGGUCCGGGAGAAGAGCGAUCCCCACGUCAAAUUGCAACUUCAAGCAGAAGAGAGAGGCGUUGUGUCCAUCAAAGGAGUAUGUGCAAAUCGCUAUCUUGCUAUGAAGGAAGAUGGAAGAUUACUGGCUUCUAAAUGUGUUACUGACGAGUGCUUCUUUUUUGAACGAUUGGAAUCUAAUAACUACAAUACUUACCGGUCAAGGAAAUACUCCAGUUGGUAUGUGGCACUGAAACGAACUGGGCAGUAUAAACUUGGACCAAAAACAGGACCUGGGCAGAAAGCUAUACUUUUUCUUCCAAUGUCUGCUAAGAGCUGAUCUAAAUGGCAGCAUCUUAUCUCAUUUCACAUGAAAGAAGACGUAUAUUUUAGAAAUUUGUUAAUGGAAGAAAAGAAAAAAUGUGUACAGUGAUCUGCUCUGUUUGGAUAAAUGGUCAGAUAACCUUUUAUCUAAUAGUAAAUAUUUAAUCAUUGCCUUACUAAAGAAAAAGCAACAAAAAUGCCUGGAAAAUGUAUAGACUUCCACCUUUUAUAUUGCAUUUGCCUUUAUCUAGUGAAGCUUACUUAGAGCUACAAUCUUUUUCUUACAUUUGCUUCAUUUGAAAAGAGGCUUUUAAAAUUUGCACAUUUUCUUCAAGUAAGUUUUCUUCAUGUAAAUUAUACUCAUGAGAAAAUUAAAAUCAGAUAUUUAGUUAACCCCAAAUGUCCACUACUUUUUAUAAUAUGGCACACAUUUUUCUGCACGUACAAUUUACUUAAGAUUUUUUAAAAUGUGCAAAUAUGGAUUUAAUUCAUUCCUGUCAUAGUUCUGUAAUUGUCUGGCAGUUUCUUGUGAUAGAGUUUAUAGAACAAGCCUGUGUAAACUGCCGGAAGUUCUUCCAUGGUGAAAUCAAUCUUGUCAAAGCCUUCUCUAUACCCAUAGAGCAACAGCCUAGCAACUCUGCUGGUGAUAGGAGUUGUAUUUUCAGUCUUGAUCAGGUCAUUGAGAUCCAUCCAUUCACACCUUAAGCAUUCAUGCUGGCAAAAAUUUAUGGUGAAUGAAUAUGGCUUUAAGCGACAGAUGAUAUACAUAUCUGACUUCCCAAAAGCUCCAGGACUGGCGUGCUGUUGCCGAAUGCUCAGGAGGGACUUGAACUCUGAUUUUAUACCAGUCUCUUCAAAAACUUCUCGAACUGCUGUGUCUCCUACAUAAAAGAUAGGUGUACAAAUCAGUAAGGAUCUGGAUUUGCCUUCUGGACAUCCUGAAAUACCAAAGUAUUUUCUUACAACUAUAUAUCUUAGAAGCUUUUGAAAUAUCGAAUAUUUCUUUGGCUGCUAUUUGUAGACUUACCCACCUGGUAUGUAUAUUUUGGGGGUCACAUUUUUAACCUCUUCUGACUCUAUUUCCCAAAAGUUGAAAAUACAGGUUCUUGCAGUUAACAUUCUUACAUAUUUCUUCAUUAUUUCCUGUUUGUGAUCAUCCAUCAAAACUACUUAAAUUUAUACAUAUCAGUAUUGAGAAAAAUUGAUUCAUUCUUCCUUUGUCUGUAGAGCUGCAGAAUGUACUGAGCUGUGAAAAGUUCAAAACCUUCCUGGUGAUCUUGGGUGGGACUGUCAAGCCUCUAAAGUCAUAGAACAGUUUCAUUUAUAACCAUUUUGUUAUGCUCCCCUAAUUAUUCUGUCAGUGGAAUCCCAUUAGUAAUUUUUGGCAUUUCCUUGGUUUCUUGAGAUUCCAAAGAACUAUUUUAUCAAAAGUGUUAAAAAAAAAAAAAAAAAGAAAAGCUUGCAAUUUACAGAAUUUUAUAAUACAACAUGGAUUUCACAUUUUAUAAGGUUGAUUUUUCAAUAUUAUGCAAAUUUCUGGGACAGGAUUUUGAUUGCCAUUAAUAUUUCUGUGGUUGCUCUUUCUAAAUCUCCAGAAGAACCCCCUAAAUGGGCUUUCUCUAAUUUUGUGAUGCUUUGUCACUGUCUCCUAAAGUGUUUAUGAGAAACUCUUUAAAUAGCUGCCUUCUUUGCUCAGUUUGCUUAGAAGCUUCCCAAUUUCACAAUUGUCACAGGCAUAGAUUUUUGUUCAAAGACCUCUAUUCAAUGCUUCUAUUUCCUUGUCAAAUAGAAAAUUAUACUGGUGAAGAAUAGGUAAGGAAGAAGAAAUCAAGGAAAAAAUCUCAAUUUUCCUGUAGUUGGGCUAUUGCCUUGUCUUAACAAUUGCCUACAUAAGCUCAUGUUUGUUUGUUUUUUAAGAAACAGCUAUAGCAAUAUGCACAGGAAAAACAAAGUGUUCUAAAAUGUAAGACAUUUGUCCACCAUUUUGAAUUAAUUACAUGCUGACUUCCCCUUGAGAUUUUUCAUAGAUUAAACAUGGUUUGAAAUUACUGUUUUAAACUAAAAACAUAAAAAAGGAAUUUAUGUGAAUAAAAGGAAAAUCUUCCUUAAGAAAGAUAAUUUUCAGCUGGGAAUACAAUAGAUGUUUGUUAUUAAAUUUGUUACAGGUUGUGGCACUAGUCUUAAGUGAAAUCAGCAAAUGAGAUUUACAAUUUAACUAUUGUUUAAAUGUUUACUCUGUUAGCACUUUAAAAAAAAUAACCAUGGGGGUUCCGUUAAGCUCUUACUACAACUAAUCAAGAAUUUGGCAUUUCAUUUGGAAUCUAGCCUUUUUAUGUAUCAUGGAGGCACAGGACAGACUAGUGAGUGAAUCUACCUUACUCAGCAGUCACCUUAGCUGUUGAUUAGAAAUCAGCACCGCCUGGGUAGUUUGAUCAGUUUAACUUGAGUCAACAUAUUAUUGACUAGACUAAAAAUUGACUGGGUAUAUAAGUGCUUUUUCAUCCAGGAUAUGAGUGACUCCUUCCUCCUCAAAAUGGAAAUCUUUACCCCACAGCUUUUUUGCCAUGAAUUUAGAUUUUAUUAUCCAGAUAAACUGCUUUAUUCUGUUGUACCUUUAUUUUAAUGUACUGUAAGCUCAAGUGAAAUAACAUUUACUAUUUUAUAUGUUUAAGGAACAUAGGAAAAACCAAGAAGUUUUCAUUUUUAUUUUUGCUGAUUGAGAGAUAUGUUUAAAUAUGUCACAGUGUUUUUGUUUAGUUACGGGACAGUGAAAUGGAGUUUAUUUUGUUAUUUCUAGUUUGUAAUAUUUAACAAUAGGAUCAGGUUGAAAUAAAAUAGGAAAAACUGUGCAGAAUGUGGGUUUCCCUGGUGUUUCCCUCUGAUGCUGGUGCACUGAUGAGCUCUGAACAGACCCCCUGCUGCUUUCUGGUCCUUUGACCAUGCAGGAGAUUCUCUUCCUGUCGAUGGUAAUGAUGAUUUUUUAGGAAGGCAUUUUCUCUGUUUUUAACCUUGUAGAUACUUUUGUACUAUUAGGGUAUUAUAUUAAAGCCUGAAGAUUGUAUUCUAUUUUAUAUAUGCCACCGCCCCCCCCUUAAUUUUUUUAAGUGCUUCAUUUACCUAGUAUUAUCAAAGAAUGAAGGAUUCCAAACAAACGUGUUUCCCAGUUAACUAGAGUUUACUACUCAAGAGCUAAUAUGAAUGUGUGCACAUUUGUGAUGGUUGUAUUCCUAAAAUAAAUACACUCCUAAAUACAGAGUUUAAAGAAAAUAAUUUCAAUACUUAGGUAAUUUGGCUCAUCCUCAAGGAUAUUCUGUUGUGUUAUAAGACAGAAAUGCUCUAAUAUGGACAUAGUCUCCAGAACUCUAUUGUCAGUUAUCAUUUCUAGCUGCUUUCAGGGUUUUAUCAGUUCUAAGGGAAAGCUUUAAUUUACAUACUCCUAAGCAAUAUGAUGAAUGCCAUCUGCUUUUCUUGUAACUCCUCAUGGUUGAGGUAUAUAUAUGCUCUCUAGAUAGGUGGGGUGGUUGUGCCAACCACAAAUACUUAAUUCAGAAUUCACUACUUUUUUUGUUGUUUUUAAUUUGGACUUGAAGUGUUCUGGAGUACACUUAAACCUAAAAUUAUGUAUACUUGACUUGAAAAUGUGUUCUUCAUUUGCAUUUAAAUAUAAGUAAACUGAAAAUUCACAAGAUCCAUAAAAACUCAAAAGGAAAAAGUCAAUUAAUUUAAGAAGGCAAGCUACAGGAAGCUAAACAUACUUCCUGUAGCCUGAUUUUUGUCCAAUAUGGAUUGGGUAAGGAUGUAAGACAUAAAUUUAACUAGUUCACACACACUCUCAUAUAUCACAUAAGGAUAGUAUGAAAUAAUUAGGUGUUCCAAAAUAAGUGGCCCUCUCUUUCACUACUUGCACCACCACAAAAUCUGUUAUUUCAACAGAAGACCUAAGCAAUAGAAUCUAGGCAGAAGAUCCUUAAGGCCAAAAUUUGCUAUGGACAUAUCUCAGUGUAGUAAAUUUACUUAUGGUUUGUUAGGAGUUGGCUAUUUACUGUUUACAGGGCAUUUUCAUCUGGGUAACAUUUUUAAAACAUCAAGUUUCAAAUAUAUAUACAUUUUUAAAUAUUUAUAUAGAACCUAGGAAGUUGCCUUUAUAUAUAAAUGUUGGCUAAGUAGGGGACAUGCAUAUGAGAAAAAAAAUCAUGGAGAAAUAAUACUGAGAUCAAAUGAGGCAUCUUGAUUUAUUAUGAUGCAGACUGCAUUUGACCCAGUCAAGGGUCAGGAAUAGGUAGGAAAACUCUGUCUUUAUUCUUUCUUCUAUUUACUGUAAAAUCAGUAACAUGGAGAGUUCUUAGCUUAUUUCACAUUUUCUUGUUUGAAAAACAAGAGCUGAUUGAGCUCAGGAAGUUGUUUUAGGGAAUUCUCAUUUGAGACUUUCUUGUAUGGGACAUUUUACUAAGUUUGACUUCCUAUUUAAAAUAAAUAGUAAAUAAAGAGGAGAAUUAAGUCACUACUGCUCUAUAGGUGACUUUAUAAAUACUUAUUUUGAGGUUCAUUUAAAAGUUACUGUUCAUCCUUGUGGGGUGAAAUGGUCAAGAAUUUGUGUUUUCUUAUAGUUUAAUUCCAGUAACAAUAUUAGUCAAAUCCAAAAUAACCCUUAUUGCUAAAAUUUUCUAAUGUAUAUGCAAAGCUUUUUCUUUUUUUUUUUUUAAUAUUUUAUUUAUUUAUUCAUGAGAGACAGAGAGAGAGAGAGAGAGAGAGAGAGAGAGAGACACAGAGACACACGCAGAGAGAGAAGCAGGCUCCAUGCAGGGCGCCUGAUGCGGGACUCGAUCCCGGGUCUCCAGAAUCACGCCCUGGGCCAAAGGGAGGCGCUAAACCGCUGAGCCACCCAGGGAUCCCCAAAGCUUUUUAUUUCAAACAAAUUAACCUAGGAGCAAUUCUAAACAGAAUAGGUGUUGUGCUCCUAAUGGUAUUUUUUAUACUAGUGGGGUAAGUUGUAAUAUUACAAGUUUUGCUGCUAAUUUUGUAGUAGCUCUGAAGAAACCUCUCUGAAAUUUCUCAGUAUAAACCAGUUAGAAAAUUUUAAAUCUUAUUUUCAGCUAUAGAACAAAAAAGUAAACACAAAUUUCCUGAACAUUUUCAAGCCAGUUAAAAAUAUGUAAGGUGUACACACCAAUAUCUUCUCCAGGCUCUGACAGGCCUCCUGGAAACUUCCACAUAUUUUUCAACUGCAACAUAAAGUCAGGAAAUAAAGUUAACAUAGCUUCAUUCACUAACACACACGGAGACUCCACAAAAUCCACCCAUAAUUCGUCAAGAGGCUGAGAAUUUACUUUUUGGUAAUUGCAUGCAAAUUUCUUUCACCUUCCUUUCACACUCCACCCUUUCUUUUUCUUGGGGGAAACUGGUAACUUAUGAAAUAUUUUCCUAUUUUUUUCUUUAGGAAAUAGAUGUGGUUUUGUUUGAUUAAUGUGAUAAAUUCUGUUUGAAUGAAACAGUGGAGGGAAACAUCUACUGAGUUUGUGUAAUUUUUAAAAUUUUGCUGCUAGUUAACUAUUAACAGAUAGAGGAAUCAUACAGAUGCUGCUAUAAAUAAGUAGAAAGUACAGUAUAAGUUUAAUAACUAAAAUGCUAUUUUUAAUUUUCACACUUAUUUUUCUGUAUUGUAUGUCUAAUCAGAUUUCUCUUGUUCUGUGUUAAUGAUUUUAUGUACAAAUGUAAUUGCUUUUCGUGGGUAGUAUGAAUAAAUUUGAUAAGUAUAAGUUUG